AUGCAAACUCAAAAAGGGCGAUUUCUCGAUCGCCUAAUUCGAAAUCAAACAGGGCAGCCUAUCCUUGAAGAAAGUCUUAAAAAUGCCAUGAGAGAAUUGGAGGAAAAGACUAGAGAUUUCUAUGAAGAAGACUUUCAAGCUAUAAAGCCUGAUGAUUUUGUGCAGAUGAUGCUUCUUGACGGUUGCUUCAUUGUAGAACUCCUGCGUUUAUAUGAGAAAAAAUAUGGGGGGGAGCCCAUUUUCGAAACACAGUGGACGCUGCCAAAUAUCUCUCGUGAUUUACUUUUGCUUGAGAACCAACUUCCUAUGUUUGUGCUGCAGAAGAUUUUUGAACUUACUACCUUGAAGGUGGAGGCAAGUCCUGAUCUGAAUACCCUUGCUCUUGGAUUUUUUGAACCCUUGAGACCCGGGAAGGAUGGAUUUGAAACAUUUACGUUGCACAAGCACGCCAAUGGCGAGUAUAUACAUCUAUUAGCUUUGUUCCACACUACAUUAACUUUAGGGAAUAACAUAUACAUGCAACAGCCUGCAAAGAGUGAAAAGAAAAAAACACAUCUUAUGCUUCUUGGGAAAGGUUGGGUGCAUAAUGCCAAAACACUUCAUUAUGCUGGUAUUCAGUUCAAAAACAAUUCUGGUAGCAUUCUUGACAUAAAGCUUAAAGGCAAGACGCUACAGAUUCCAACCAUGAUCAUUGAUGAUAGCACUGACCCUUUGUUGAGGAACUUGAUAGCCUAUGAACAAAACAAUCGCUCUGCAGCUCCAUAUUUUUGUUGUCUUGCAGUGUUCUUGGACAGCGUAGUAGAUACUGUCGAGGAUGUUAGGAUUCUUCGUGAUGCUGGGAUCAUCAAACAGGCUAAGGGUGGAGACGAGGAGGUGGCGAAUCUUUUCAACAGCCUCACUAAAGAGCUGGUGUUUGAUAUUGAUAAGGAGUACUGCUACAUGAUCGAGCAAAUUGAAAACAUCAACCGUCUUUGUCGAGCACACGACACCAGAGUUCGAAUUCUCCGUCUUUUUGCCACGUUGAACUACAAGGGAUUACUCACAACAUACGCUUCCAUCCUUGUUACAGUCAUCUUUUCCCUUUUUGCAGCUAAUUUUGCAAGUUACAGAACCCCAGUUAAUCAAUACUAUUCACCUCCACCUCCACCUUCGUCUUAG